AUGGCAGCCACAGCUUUAUCAGCGUUGUUCUCUUUGGAGGGUCAAACCGCACUCGUUACUGGUGGUACUCGAGGUAUUGGACAAGCUGUUUGCAUAGCACUUGCUGAAGCAGGAGCAGAUUUGAUCUUGAUCCAGCGUAGUCGUGAGAAUCUCGAGACUCAGAGAGCCGUUGAGGCUCUGGGCAGGAAAGCUCCCAUAUACACCGCGGACCUUGCAUCGCAGGAAGAAGUCGCCGGCAUCACAUCUACUAUCCUGAAAGAUGGACACUCGAUACAUAUCUUGGUAAACUGUGCUGGAAUUCAAAGGCGCCAUCCGAGCCACGAGUUUCCGGAUAAUGAUUGGAAUGAGGUCAUUCAAGUCAACCUCAAUACUGUCUUUACCCUCUGUCGCGAUGUUGGUGCACACAUGUUGAAGCUCGAACCAUCUGCCAUUACUGGCCGAAGAGGUAGCAUCAUCAAUUUUGCUAGUCUUCUUACCUUCCAAGGUGGUCUUACUGUCCCAGCAUAUGCCGCAUCGAAAGGUGCGGUGGGACAGCUUACCAAAGCUUUAUCAAACGAAUGGGCAUCGAAAGGAAUUAAUGUCAAUGCGAUUGCUCCGGGGUAUAUCGAGACGGAGAUGAAUACUGCCUUGUUGGCCAACCCAGAACGAUUGAGGAGUAUUAGCGAAAGAAUACCGGCGGGUCGAUGGGGUUCCCCAGAUGAUUUUAAGGCGAGCGUCGUUUUCUUGGCAAGCAAGGGAAGUGCAUAUAUUUCUGGAGAUAUUCUUACGGUUGAUGGUGGCUGGAUGGGCAGAUGA